AUGGCGUCGCUCAGCAAGACUUAUCAAAUCAACCAAACAGAAGAGAAAUGGAGUAUGUCAAGACUUAGUAUCAAGCCAUCUCUGAAGAGAAUUGAUCCAGGAGAAAAGAAAUGGUGUCCCUCAAGACUCAUCAAGCCAUUUCUGAGAAGACUCCAUCUAGCAGAAGAGAAAUGGCGUCGCUCCAGACUCUUCAAGUUGUCAUUGCUUGAUUCUUACAGACUUAUCAAGCCAUCUCUGAGAGCAAUCCAUCCAGCAGAAGUGAAAUGGCGUUGCUCAACAACGUAA